CAGGGUGCUGUACAGUACUCUGUGACAGCCCACAGUAGUCAUAGCAACCUCAAAUGUCAUACCUUUAACCUCAGCUGUAGCCUUGACAACAUCACCUGUGGCAACCGCUACACUGUUCAGGUGGUUGCUAUGGAUGGACAACUGCUCUAGUAUCCCCAGCCAGGUUCUGAUAUUCAACUCAGCGCCAUGCCCGCCUCAGAAUGUAAGUGCCGAGGUCAACUGUUUGUCAAAUGACCUGACGAUUUCUUGGGAUGCCAUCAAAGAAGCAGACCACUUUUUGGUGUCAGUAAUUGCAGAGAAUGGAGGCAAGAGCGAGUACUGUAACACCACAAACACUGUGUGUUCCUGCAAUGUGACCUGUGGAAAUACAUUCAUGGUUCAAGUCACUUCUGUCAGAGGCGCCUGCAGCAGCCCGCACAAUCAGAACCACAGCAUCCUGUCAGCUCCCUGCCAGCCUCAGGGAAUUAGAGGCAACCUUGACUGUGUGACGAAUUCUGCCUGGAUAUCAUGGGACACUGCUCCAGGAGCGGACAGUUACACUGUGUCAGCUGUAGGUGGAUGGAACUAUAUAGCCAACUGUACCACUUCCUCCAACACUACCUGUGAGGUGGAAGACCUUGCAUGUGGCGUGCUUUAUAACUUCAGUGUUGUUGCUAAAAACAGCAAUUGUGAGAGUCAGCCAAGCGACACUAUCAACCUGCAGACAGCCCUGUGCUCCCUCUCUGGUAUCACAGCAGUCACUCAGUGCCACAAUUCCUCCAUCCUCGUCUUGUGGAAGGGCGAGGGAAACACUGUGUACACUGCCACAGCAGAGGCCAGCGAUCAUACCUACCUAUCCUGCAACAACACUGGCACUAGCUGCUACCUCUAUGGAACACAAUGUGACCUCCAUUACACUAUCAUUGUUUCUGCAUCAUCAGACCAGUGCAGCAAUCUGAGAAGUCCACCAUACAGAAUUAGCAUGGAGCCGUGUCCACCCGGGAAUGUGGUUGUUAAUGCUACCUGUGAGGACCGCAGUGCGCUGGUGUCCUGGAGCCCCUCUCCUGUAGCUGAAACCUAUCAUGUCGUUGCUAUGGGCGUAGACGGACAUGUGCAUACUUGCAACACCACCUCCAGUAACUGCAGCAUAUCAGAGCUCCACUGUGGCCAGCAGUAUGACGUAUUUGUGACUGCCAGUCACGAGAACUGCACCAGCAAGGCCAGUCAAAAUGGCACACUCAACACAGGUCCCUGUGAGCCGGAUGGUUUCUGGGUUACUUCCUACUGUAACAAUCAGUCUGCAUUAUUGUCAUGGACGCCCAGUGAUAACGCUGUGGACUACUAUGGCUGUGCCCAGGCUGAAAAUGGAGACAUGCUGUACUGUCACAGCAGAAACCCCACCUGCACCAUCCAGGGUCUUGAUUGUGGAACAGUUUACAAUUUCUCUGUCCAGGCCUCAGAAGGGACAUGCAACAGCUCCUUCAGUGACGCAGUGCAGAGUGGAGCAGCUCCCUGUACUCCAGACACUGUUGAUGUGCAGCUCUGGCCGAUGCGGAUGGAGAUCCAGGUGAUGCGCUUCAACUGGACACAGAUCACCUGUAGAAACACAGAGUACUUGCUAAAGUUAACAGGAAGUCUGCUGGGAGAUAACCAGACCCAGUUUGAGCUCUCUUCCUAUUGGACAAGCAUGACAUACUUUGAGAUUCCUCUCCCCUGCGGUUCAUCCUACUCGGCUACUGUGGCGAGCAGGAACACUGCCGGUACCAGUGACCCAUCUGUGCCUCUCAUCGAAACAACAGCUCCUUGUCCACCAAUAGGAGUGGUGUACAGUGGUAACAGCUCCUUUGCCACAGUUUCGUGGAACGCGUCUGUGUUUGCAACCACAUACACGGUGUACGACAACAGUAUGACGCCAAAAGCCCAGCUGUGCUACACUGCAGGGCUGUCCUGCUCUCUGUUCAACAUCGCUUCCACUAACCUGGUGAUAACAGCCAGCAACACAGCUGGAGAAAGUGAGGAGACAAGUGUCCCAAAUGGUGGCCUCCAAGCUCCAGUGCUGGAUGUCAAACAAGCAAUGCCAACAGUUAUUUCCCUCGAGUGGUCUCAGAUUGAUGCUGCUUCCCAUUACAGCCUGUUUAUCAGGAAGCAAGACAGCUCCAGUGAGUCUCAGGAGAUAACGGUUUAUGGCGAGAGCAUCAUUCUCACUGAUCUGAGCCCAAACUCGACCUACUGUUUCUCUGUGUCGGCCGAGUACGUUGCCACUAGGGGACCAGAGUCAGAGCCUGUGUGUGUGCAAACAGAACAGAGGCUUGCUCAAUAGGACACACACUUGUGGAGACAAAGCUGGAGGUUUGCACACGUCUCAAGAUUAAAAUGUGAUGGUUACUGUCGAAAUGGCAGCUAUAACUCUAGGUCUGGUACCUUGUACAAUUUCAUGGGGAAAAUAAACAACUUACAAAUAUAAAUUUGAUAGGUCAUGGGAAUUAGCAUGGGUUAUUCUACCAAUUACUUUUCAGUUGGUUUACCAUAAUCUGCAGUUAUUUGUUUGAUGGCGUGACACUAAGAUGUCUUCCAAAGAGCCCAUAAAGGGUUUUGAAGUUCUUCUAUUCUAUGCUUGUGUAAAACCUUACUUCAUUUGUCUGUUGGUUGAGGUUAAAUAUUUGAUAUCUGGUUCCUCUUGGUUUUAUAAAUACUUAAUCACUUUUGUGAAUUACUUAGUUAUCUUAAAGUUAUUUUAUCAGGAAAUGUUUUCAUAUCCAGAGUAUUUACUUUUUACUAUUUUUAAAUGUUUAUUUUUUAAUUAAUAUGGAAAUUAUUUUCAGCCAUUCUAACAAAACUCUGAAAUAAAAAGUUUGCAUUCAG